AUGGACUAUGUGCGCUCUUUUGUCGGCCGCAAGCCCAAGCGUACCCAGCUACCAACAGUAGCCACGGACGAUGUCUAUCCGGUUCACUUCUUUGACGAUACGAAGCCUUUUCGGGAAAUGCUUCUGAACUGGACGCUUCGGUUCGACGAUGUCCUCGACGCAGAGAAGCUUAACUCUUCUCUCUCUCGGUUGAUCGAGAUUGGCGACUGGAGGAAACUCGGUGGGCGCAUGAGAAUGGGACCCGACAAUCAACUUGAGCUUCAUGUACCGAAGCAGUUCACACCUGCUCGCCCCGCCAUUCGCUUUUCCCACGACGUGCACGACUUUAGCAUCAAGGAGCACAACGUUGCCAAGCACCUCCCAACCACCACCUCCACUCCCUCCGUUCAGCCCGGUGUUAUCAACUUCUACAACCUAGGUGCUCGUCAAGACGCUCCCAAGACACUCGAAGACUUGAUGUGCUCCGAUGAACCCCAGAUCGCCCUCCACGUCGUCUCCUUCAACGAUGCAACCCUCGUCGGUCUCCUAUUCUCGCACGUCAUGUUUGGUGCUGCAGGUAUGCAAGCGUUGGUGCAAGCCUGGUCGCAAGUUCUUGCUGGUCGCGAGGCAGAGGUUCCUGUUCUCCGCGGUGCGCACAAGGACAUUCUCGACGACGUUGGCGUUGAUACCGAUCCUGAAAAGGAGCAAUACUUGCUUGAUCAGAGACGGCUCAAGGGUUUCCGUCACUUGAGAUUCAGCUUGCGAUUCCUCUGGGAUAUGUACCGUCGCCCGGAAAUCGAGUCCAAGGUUCUCUGCCUACCGGCCGACUUUGUCGCCGGCCUCCGUGCUCGCGCCAUGGCAGACCUACACGCCAUGGACGAGAAGGGAUUGGGCACCGAAGAGGCGCCUUUCGUCAGUGAAGGCGACGUCCUCACGGCAUGGUGGACCCGCCUCGUCUGUCUCGCUCGUGGGUCAAACCGCCCUGUUACUGUUCUCAACGCUGUGGAUAUUACCGGCCGUCUCAAGUCUGUCUUCGCUCCCGGAAAGCUAUACGUCCAGAACUUUGCCCUCGGAACCUGGACCCUCCUCAGCUCUGCCGAAGUCCUCAAAACCCCCCUCGGAUACGUCGCCCGCUGCUUUCGUCACGACAUUCAGACACAAACCACGCCUUCUCAGAUCAUGGCUUUUAUGCGCUGUCUCCGUGCUGGAGGUCGUUGCAAGUCCCAACCCAUCUAUGGAGACCCGAACAGCAUGCUCAUCAUCUUUACCAAUUGGGCGCGAUGCAAGUUCUUUGACUGCAUCGACUUUUCUCCAGCUGUGAUACCGCGCAUAUCUGAACCGGUCACGGCCAAUGGCGACAUCCAAACUAACGGACACACUACUGGCAGCGAUCCAGAGAAGACUGCCAAUGCCAACAAUGCGGAAGUGCUCAACCGCCCCCCUCCCGGCAAGAUCGCGUACCACCACUCCCUGGCCCGGACGCGCAGCAUCCUCUCUCGCAAUGUAUUCACCAUCCUCGGCAAAGACCUCCAGGGCAACUACUGGAUCUCGGCCCUGGGACACCCUGAGUGCUGGGACAAGCUCGAGAAGGAGGUUUCCAUGUCGUCCAUGGACGAGCUGAGACGGCUGAACCCUCCGCCUUUGAACUAG